UUCACUCCGAGAUUUUCGACUUCUUCUCCGGUUCUCUUCUUCUUCUUCUUCGAUGAUCUGCUUUCUCUGUAGCGUCGAUUGAUCUUCAUUGCAGGUGGCGAUUUGGUUAGUUUGGGGGAGAUGGGGAAGCCUCCUUCUUCAUCUGCUUCUUCCCUGAAGAAAAGGCGGUCCAAGGUUCGGAUCAAGAAGACGAGUAAGACUAAAAAGAGGAGUAAGUCGAAGAGGAGUUCUCGCCGCCGUCAUGAUUCUGAUUCUUAUUCCAGCGAUUAUGAUUCGCUGAUUUCAUCGACCACGAGCUCUGAGGAGGAUUACAGGAGAAGAAGUAAGAGACGGGCGAGAUCCCCUUCUAAGAAGAGUAGUCGGCGAAGCAAGAAGAGGUCGCGAGGACAGUCGUAUAGUGCUGAAAGCAGCGAGGACUUGCCUUCUCGUAAGAAAAGAAAAGGGUCCAAGAGAGAUGGUAAGCUCAGUCCUAGGAUGAAGAGAACUAGAAAGAAAUCUAAGAGGCGUGUGAGUUCGGCGAGCAGUGGUUCGUACUGCUCAACCUGUGCGGAAUCGAGUAGUGACAGCGGACGGAGUGAAUCUCAAAAUUAUAGGGCCAGUUCUGAGAGAAAAGAUAAGGAUAGGUGGACAGUAGAGAAGGGUAAAACUGAAGUAACAGGGUGUGGAUAUAGUCCGAGGAGUUAUUCUCCCAUUAGUCAUCGCAGCAUAGGCAGUGGUGAUGAGAGUGAUGAGAAAAUGAGGGGCAGGAACCAUUCGAUGCGAUUAAGGUCUGUUAUAAUGGUUAACAAUGAGGACAGAGAAUUGCAUGCUUAUGGACAUAAGGAAGAAAUUACUUAUGAAACUGAUGAUUAUCCUUCUUGCAAAAGUAACGAUAGUAAUGAUUCUGGGGGCAAGCGGGAAUUGACCCAUCAUCCGCUUGUUGAAUCUGAGGUGAAGAGGCAGGUGGAUGACGAAAAAGAUGAAGAGGCUGUUGUUUCAGAUGUGAAUUGUACUGCAAUAACUGAAGAUAGUCAGAAGAAUGGAAACAAUAUAAGCUCUGUUGUAGUUGGAACCAUCCAUACCAUAAGGGACAAUGAAAGUAAUGUUUCUGGUGGGUCAGAUGGUAACGAUUUGGAGUCAAUGUUGAGACAGAGGGCACUGGAAAAUCUCAAAAAGUUCCGAGGUGUUCAUAAAAAUGCAGCAGCUUUGUCUGCUCAGAAAGAAAAUGUUGAUGGUAAUAAGAAGCAAUCUUCAAUUGCUACUUCAGAAUUGCCUGACCAUAAGUUUCCCAGAGACAAUGUAGCCAAUGCACCUCCAGUUGAAGGCAAUGGUAUCAAUUCUGAUUCUUCUGUGAAGAGAGAUAGUAUUAGUAUAAACUCGAAUGAUGAAAGUUUAGGUGAUAAAGGCGGUAAAGUUGUGCCUGCCAUUUGGAGACAGUCCUCUGAGGUCAGGCCAUAUCACGGGCAUAGUGGUUUCAAAGAAAGUGGAUCUACUAGGCAAUCCGUGGAGAAACUAUUGCACAAGGGGACUGGCGUUGCUAAUGCCAAACAAGAGGUCAUACCAACCUUUGCUUCCAAUACUAUUAAUCCAAGGGUGACUUCAUAUACAUGGAGGCGACAGUCGGCAAAGGUUCAAGCGCCAUCCAAGGAAUUGCGUCCUUCCUCGGGACCUCCUCAGGCAAAGCCGAUGGUGACAAAGGGUAUUGGUGGCAAAACUACUAUUGAAGCUGCUGGAACUGAGAACAAAGUCGACGAUAAUGAAGUCCACGAGAAGCAUGCAUCUCCCGCUCCAGAGCUGCCUUCUCAUUCUGAGUCCACGUCAGGAGCUGUGAGCUCAGACAAAGAUGGGAAUGCUGCUAAGGAUGGUCCCCAAUAUGAACAAAAGACAAUGUCUGUUACUCGGGGUGGUGAAACGAUAAAGGUGAACUACCAGGUUUACAUCCCCAAGAGAGCCCCUGCUCUGGCGAGGAGGCAACUUAAGCGAUGAUACAGGAUCUUUACUUUCGCUCGGUAAGGAUCCCCGCUUUUGGUUUUUCUUUUUCAGUUGACCAACAUUGAAGGUUAAAAAGGCCGAUGGACAUGCCGUACCAGUUGACCAGAGUGUAUCACUUGAUUUUUGCGACAAGUUUAGAAGAUUGUUGCAAUGUAGAAGGACUGAACCUUUUCUUGAUAAAUUUGUCAUAUGUUUGCCUGAUA